GCCAUUUUUCAGCUGGUGAAACUUUUUCUCUAGUAUUUUUAUUGCGAACACGGGAUCGGUCAAUUGUGGUCUCAAAGUGUCUGCCAUGUAUCUUGAGGAGAUCUCCCACACGACUGGAGUGACUUUGUUCCUCUGUGCCUUUGCUAUGCUCUUGCUGGUUCUCCAUGGUCGACGGAGAGAACCAGGUUGCUCCUUGCCCCCAGGUCCCACACCUUGGCCUCUAGUGGGAAACCUUUUCCAGAUGGGGGAACAGAUCCAUUUGUCAUUAACAAACCUGAGGGUUCAGUAUGGAGAUGUGUUCAAGAUGAAAAUGGGUUCUCUUGUAGUGGUCGUUUUGAGCGGCUAUUCUACCAUCAAGGAGGCUUUGGUACGUCAAGGAGAGGCGUUUGCUGGACGUCCUAACUUCUUUACCUUCUCUGCAGUUGCUAAUGGCACCAGUAUGACGUUUAGUGAGAAGUAUGGAGAAGCUUGGGUGCUUCACAAAAAGAUCUGCAGAAAUGCCCUGAAGACCUUCUCCCAAGCUGAGUCCCGAGACUCAAGCGCUUCUUGUCUUUUGGAGGAGCGUAUCUGUGCAGAGGCCGUAGAUAUGAUGGAGGCUCUGAAGAAACAAGCAGAUGAGUUUGGAGAUUCAGGGCUUGACCCAGUUAAGUUGCUAGUGACCUCAGUUGCCAAUGUAGUUUGCACUCUAUGUUUUGGGAAGCGGUACGCCCAUGAUGAUAAAGAGUUCCUCACCAUCGUCAACAUCAAUAAUGAAGUGCUGCGCCUCUUUGCUGCAGGGAAUCUGGCAGACUUUUUCCCCAUUUUCCGCUACCUUCCCAGUCCGUCUCUGCGAAAGCUGCUCCAGUACAUUGACAGAAUGAACAACUUCAUGGAGCGCAACAUCAGUGAACAUCUCAUCACCUUUGAUAGGAACUGUAUCCGGGACAUUACUGAUGCCCUAAUAGCAAUGUGUGAGGAUAGGCAGGAGGACGAGGAAACAGCCAUGCUCAGCAACUCACAGAUCAUCCACAGUGUCAUUGACAUCUUCGGAGCCGGUUUUGACACUAUCAUCACUGGUUUGCAGUGGAGCCUUUUAUACCUGAUCAAGUUUCCAGACAUCCAGGCUAAAAUCCUUCAGGAGAUAGAAAACCAGGUUGGUAUGAACAGGUUACCACAGUUUAAAGACAAGCCAAACAUGCCGUACACAGAAGCUUUCCUAUAUGAAGUGUUUCGUCAUGCAUCCUAUAUGCCUUUCACCAUACCUCACUGUACAACUGAUAACAUUACACUAAAUGGAUACUUCAUUCCCAAAGACACAUGUGUGUUCAUCAACCAAUAUCAAGUCAAUCAUGACAUGGAUAUUUGGGGUGAUGCUGAGGCUUUCCGACCUGAACGUUUCCUUACCCUGUCUGGCCAUUUAAAUAAAAACCUGACUGAGAAGGUAAUGAUAUUUGGCAUUGGAAUACGCCGCUGCCUUGGUGAUGGCUUCGCCCGUCUGGAGAUGUUUGUGUUCUUAACCACCCUACUGCAUCGGCUGCACAUAGAGAAUGUUCCAGGGCAGGAGCUUGACCUGAGCUCUACAUUUGCCCUCACCAUGAAGCCCAGGCCCUUCCGAAUAAAAAUCUCAACUCGUAACUAAGCUAAUGCACCACAGAAUGCUUGCUAAAAUCGCAGAACAAAGCUAAUGUUGGGCAUCACUGAACCGCUAAGCUAAUUAACCACUACAGUCUUUAUUUCUCAUGUGGUCUAUUCAGCUCAACUGUUACUUGAAUAUUUGCUAUUGCACAUAAUUGUGUACUCUAAGCACGUCCAUGCAUCAUUUGUGAUAAUACAUGAUAAGCAACUAAGUUACUGUUUGUACUUUUAGCACAGAUAUUUGAAGUAUCAAA